ACUGGCAAGAAAACCUUCAAACAGCCAGGAGCUGGAGCAGCACUUGGAAAAGAGCAGUGGCGGCAUCCUCGUGUCUCACCUACAUCGUUUUCCAUAAUUCCAUCUCUCGUUCCAUCUCUUUUUUUUCUUUUUUUGGCCGUACGGAUUUUCUACCCCAAGUCCGCUCGCUGUUCUCUGUACGAGGAAAGCCUUCCAGAUCUGUCGCCGAGGCGGUGAACUGUUUCCAGAGGAACCAUGACGACGUCCGCGGUUCUUCGUGUGGCCUACGUGUCGGCGUUCCUGGUGUGGAGCCGUGGUUGCCAGGCAACGCCCUUCCCCUUCAACAUAACCGCGGAGGGCAGCGGCGACGGCGAGCCGGAGCUCCUGUUCCCCACGGCCUACGCCACCCGCCUGCCCGGCCCCGCCGCCGCCUCGCCCACCCCCCGGGUCACCACCGCCGUCCGCAUCAAGAACUUCAUCCUCAACGAGGUGGUGGACUUCCUGCGGGACAACCUGCUGCUCAUCGUCGUGGUGUCCUCCCUGCUCAUCGUCGUCGUCUUCAUCGUCUGCUGCGCAUCCGCCAUGAGCCACAAGCGCAAGCUCAAGGCCUACUACCCCGCCUCCUUCCCCGCCAAGAAGUACGUGGACCAGAAGGACAAGAAAGGCGGCUCCAGGACCUUCAGCGAGGUGCCGGGGAAGGGCCACGACUGCCAGAAGGCCGAGCCGGCGGACUCCAGCGGGCAGCAGCAGGCCGACGCCGCCGCAGCGAACAAGAACCUGCGGACGCCCUCCAAGGCGCUGGUGGGGGAGAGAGGGAAGGACCCCAAACCGAAGGCCUCCGAGACUCAGAAGGCUCCGCAGGAGAAGCCCAAGGCGGACGAGCCGGCUGCGAAGCCCGAGGAAGAGGAGGAGAAGAGGAAGGACGCCAAGGAAAGCCCCGCCCCGAGCCAGCCCUUGGUUUGCACUUGCCACCUGCGGAAUACCAACCCUCCCAAGGAGGACAAAGACAAGGACAAGUGAAGUUCCUGCCCAAACAGGAAGUGAGGUCAGAGUUAGGCAGGAAGUUCAGGAAGUUUUUGCUCCUGCUGUGUAAAACUAAAUAGGGAGGGAAACAGCUGUGUUUCAAACACAGCUGGCAUGCUUCCUUAUAGCUCACAGUUGAAUUAUUUUGUUGAACUGUGUACCUUAUCAUAAUAAUGUAAUUACCAAGAGAAGCUUUAAAAACAUAAACCAAAAAACUAAAACACAAAAAAAAAAACAGAACUACAGUGUUACUCCUUUUUGUUCUCAUCUCAUUUAGUCUUUUCUUCCUUCUUUGAUAGCAAACACGAAAUAUUUUCACAGAACACAUAAUAUGUUAUGUGUGAUUUGUUUAUGUAAAGAGAUCGUCUGCUUCUCUGCACGAUUGGGGCAUAAGAACAAUACAAGUAGCAAGUAAGUACUGUAGGUGACGUUACUGUAGACGUAUGCUGUAGAAUUUUGGCAAUGACAUCAAUCAAAAUUUAUAUUACCAAAGAGUAUUUUUUUCACUCCUCUCGGCUGAAGUUAAUAGCUGUUUAAACAACUAUUAUCCGCCCGUAGUAGCUACACAGAUCAGGAGCAGUCAUUUUCUUAAUCAACAUUAAUACGACAGUAUUAAGUAUUGUCUUAACAGUAUUGACAGUAUGACGUACAGUGUUGUUUAAGGAUUUUGUGUUAAAAAGUGUUUUACUAUGUAGCAAAAGUUUUUCAAAACAUUUUGGAAGGAUAGCUGAAUGUCUUGCAAGGUGACACUUCACAAGAAGACCAAAGAUAUUUUUUCGCCUUUUUUUUGGUACCCGAGAUAGAUUUCUAACACAUUGCUUAUGCUUAUACAUUGAACUUGGUUAUUUUUUUUAACACCAUUAUAUCUUAUUUUGGGUAAUGCAAUUGUCUUGUGCAUGUAGUGGUAAUUCAGUGUGUUCGAUUAGAAUUAGUGUUUUGACAUGCCAGGUUCUGACGAUGCUGUCAUAACCCCUUCUUAUCUAAACAUAGGACCACGCUGCCAUUCACUCUUCAAAUAUUUUCACUUGUGCUACUCAUUUUCACUGUGAUGUUCAUGUUAUUUUUAUGAUCAAACCAAGGUUGUGUUUUUUUUUUUUUUUUUUUACCAGACAUGCAGGGAAAGCCAUCUUUAUUGAUAUAGUCUGAGUUUGAUGUUCAAGUAUUUAAGUAUCACCACUGAUCUCUUUGCAGGGGAGACAUGUUUUUUUUUUUCAUUUUGCCUGUUUUCUUGUAUGAAAUUUAAAUAAAUUUCUGUUUUCUUAUU